UCACUCAAGAAGGGAUUAACGGAGAAUUUAGUGUCACUGAGCUGUGGCUGCUGAAGAGGGAACUCAAGUGUUCGGGUCACCGUGUGAGCAGGAUGGUCUCAGUUCAGAGCUGCACCAGGAGGAAUAUGCCGGGUUCUCCUCCCGCUUUACCGGGCUUCGGGAGCUCGGGAAAGAGUUUUCUCAUUGACAAUCUGCUGCAGACAUCUUCAGCCCAUUCAGAAGGAACAACAGGCGGACACCUGAGACUAGCAGCAUGCGAACACACGAGGAGAACCUGGGGCCCCCAGCGUGGAGCCUACCAAAGCCAGGCCCAGAGUCCCCAGCAUGUGAAGGACUUAGGAGGAUCACUUCUUCCACACACAGGUGUGCUGAGCAGUGUUUUCCUGAGGAGCCCGCAGUAUCUGCUGGCAUGCUGCGGUGGGUCCAGCCCCCCUCCCGUCUUCUCCAAGGCAGCAAAUCUUCGGAUGUGGUCCGCUGAUGUCAGCCCCAGAGUUCGAAGAGGGAUCCUUAGGAGGGCUGUGUUCUCAGAGGAACAACGGAAAGAGCUGGAGAGAACUUUUCGGAGACAGAAGUACAUCAGCAAGACAGACCGGAACAAACUGGCGGCUGAUCUCAGUCUCAAAGAGUCACAGGUGAAGAUCUGGUUCCAGAACCGACGGAUGAAGUGGAGAAACUGUAAGGAGAAGGAGGUUCAUAAUACUCGUUCUCCCAUGGAUGAGCUCAUGGCCCAAGGUCUCGCCGAGGAAGAGGAGCCAUCGCAGAAUCACACGGCUGCAAAAACACAGAGGUCACCGCCACAAAAGAGUGUCAGGGACACAUGAGGGGCUGCAACGAGUGGAGAGCAAACUAGGGGCUUAGUUACUGAUAGUAACUUUUCUUUCAAUGCACGUCGUUGCAUCAUAAACGUGAUUAGGUUCAACUGCUUGGUCAAUCAUCUCAUCUUAUUGCAUUUCACGGGCUUCAGUAAGCAAUUUCAUGGUUAUUACACUGACAAGUCUUUCCAGGGAAGAUUCAUGCUCUGCGAUUGUAAUUGCAAUCAGUAACGGGGAAAAAUGAGUCACUUCAUUUACUGCAUUUACAAAUCAGACUUUUUUCCCCUAGUAGCAACGAGCAACACUGACAUCAUCAAAGCAUCAUAAUUCAAGGUCAUUGAUGGUGACAUAGUUGUGCACGGCAAGUGCAGUUUAAAAUAAUGCGGGUCGGGUUAGUGUCACGGCAGCCGUCCCCAGCCAAAAAACAGUCCGCACUGCACUUCCUCAGGUCCAACGCACCGACCGAGUCGAUUGGACGGUGGUUGGCGAGAAAAAACCCAAUUGCAGACAAGACCGAUAGAAAGACAUUUCUGGAUAUAUUAGUAGGAUUCUGAAUGUUUUGGUAAGCUCGACUCUAAUACUAUGUCGUUCUCAUAGUCCAAAUCCUUUAUUGCAGUCAAAUUUCUCUUGGUAUAUUUUGUAAAUAUAUUUUUUCAUGAUCUUAAAUGC